AUGUGCAAGCUGCUGUCGAAUGCUUGCGAGAAGACGGGCCGUCUACUGGAAUGUGCUGCUUUGAACCAUCACCCAUCGCCCGAUGGCUACGCUCAUCAUUGUGAUGUUUUUCAACCACAUCAGCUUCAAAACGUUGACGGUUACGUAGAGGCUGACGAUCGUUACUCAUUUUAUUGGAAGUACUGCCUAAAUAGCCGUCUACUGGAAUGUGCUGCUUUGAACCAUCACCCAUCGCCCGAUGGCUACGCUCAUCAUUGUGAUGUUUUUCAACCACAUCAGCUUCAAAACGUUGACGGUUACGUAGAGGCUGACGAUCGUUACUCAUUUUAUUGGAAGUACUGCCUAAAUAGUGAGUUAACAAUCUUACCAAUAGUUAAGGGGUACGCUUUUACGUACCACUCUGACCGCUACAUGGACGCACGAGAUGUCACUCGAGUGAUUAAAAAAGGCAGUCUGGAGGAGUGUCUCGUUGAGUGCCUUGAUGAGAAAUCUAUCCAUUUUUGUGUGUCUGAAUGUGUUCACGUUGCAGUGUUCCGUGUCGUUCGAUUUCAUUCAAUCGAACAGAUGGUGGAUGCCACAUAUCAGCGGACAGUCAGCUCACUAAACCACAAGCUAUCCACCUUAACAACAACCCGAAUUUCCGAAUUGAUUACUACGAAAACAACUGCUACAACUGUAAUGUCCGAUACAUUCAAAUUUGAGGAACAGUGGGCCGAGAGGAUGAAUUCUUGUCAAGACUAUGACGAUUUGAAAGUUCUAUACAAUUUGUCGAUUUGGUAUCUUCUUAUGCUUUGCCAACAAUGGACUAAAGCUAUGAGUGAAGCGUCUACAACGUCUCGCUCCGAAACAACGACAAAGAAUGACACUUCAUCGCCACACCAAAAAACUUCAACCACAAAAGCGAAGCUCUUCAAGCAGACGUAUCCGCUUCCUCUAACUACCACAUCUGAACCUCCAACUCAAACAAGCGACACGACUUUCAAGCAAGUUCUUCAGCAAAUCAUAAGAGCCCACAUUGUCGAAGAAUCUCAAAUUGUUCAAAAUUUCAAAAGAAGCCGUAGCAGUCUUUCAGUAGAUGACCAAAGCAUUCCCUUGCUUAGCCAGCUUGCCCCUCCAGUUUUUAGAUCUCAGUUUCAAGCUCCAAUUUUCGACUUUUUCUCUAGACUUGCAGCUCAUGACGAUGCAUUGGAGUCUUUCCCUACAACAACCACAACAUCCGCAAUGGAAAGUGAUCUGCCUUUGAUACCCGAUAGUGAACAGGAAAGCAGUGCUGAGCUCCCUAAUGAGGCUGAGAAGUCUAUUAUCUCUUCCGGACAGGUGUCAAGCGGCACAAUUGACAUACAAGCAGCAGAGCCAGCGUCUACAGAGCCAUCCAGCUCCGACCGACAACUUUCUCCCAUUUUCUCAAAUUCUCCUAUUCUAUCAACAACGGUGGCACCAAAAACCUCAAACGGCUCCCGACCCAAUGAUGGAGCGGAUAAAGGUGAAGAUGCGUUCGAACUCGCAACAACUGUUGUUAGUGCUAAAGCAAGUAGCCAAGAAGAGUCCGACAAUUUCAUAGGAAAUGCAACUGGUCUAGGAAAUCGUACGGAAGCAACAACCAUACCCACGUUGACUGUGAAUAUAAACAACGGAACUAGGGACGUAGAGAUCGUCAUGCCACUCAAAACUGGAGAGCGUGAUAUAAAACAAGGAGAAGAGAAGUCCCUGUCUCAUCCAUCAACAGAGACUAGGACGUUACUGAAGGAUACGGAUGCUGCCAAAAAUGUUAAGACUGACAGUCCUGGGCUCCUGUCGAAUAAGGAGCUUGAAAGGAUCCCAGCAAUUGAACGCCAUCACAGCCUGCCAUCUUCGAAAGAUGUGUUACGGUUACGAUUGGGACAGAAAGGAGUCUCAGUACGUAAAGUAGGGGAUAAGAGAAUUGCUUUGCAGAACUUUAGUUCGAAUAGAACAAUUUGGAACGAGUCGCCAGCACCGGCAGCAGAUGCGACAAAAGAAUUAAUCGAGGGUAGAUCGGUUUUGCUUAAAAGUAGCAGUGCAGCUGAUCGAAAAAAUAUGCGUGGACGCACACAAAAGGGGGAAAUUGAGGACUCUGAUCCAAAAGUGGCACGUACAAUGGCGACAGCACCUAUCAAGUCAAUGUCAUUUAGUAAAAGAAACAAGUCGUCUCAUCCGCGGAAACAACUAACCCCCUCUCUCCAAACCAAGUCACGUUCAUCUGAAGGUAAUGCUAUGACAGAAUUGGUGAGCGCUACGUUGGAAGUGCGUCCUAGUAACCCAGUCGUGGAUCGGUCUUUAGCUAAGCUUCAUCGUGCUGAGAGUCCUGUUCGAGCUAGUCAGGAGCCUAUCCGCAAUAAAAACGUUGGAACUACUAAAAAAACGCAGAACCGCAUUGGGGAAAAACGAAGAAAAAUUGCUGCUGUCCAUAAAAUCCGUAAUCCAAAACUCAUAUUGCGAAGAAAUUCUUUAAUGAUCCCAAUAAAACGAGGUCACAAUUUAGCGAUACCUCCAAAUCCCAAAAUUGCUGCUCAUAGAAAUCGAAAUGUCAAUCGGAGCAGUCUGAAUGUUUCAGUAGAUGCAUCAGAGAAGUCGCUAAAGGAAACAGGACGGGAGCAAUUGGGUGUUUUGAAAGCGGCUAGAGUUCUUAGCCAUGGUAAAGUUCCUACAGCAACCGAUGGACCCAAAACUAGUCUUACAUUGAAGCUUCAAAAUGAAAUCGCUCAGUUGACUCAGGCAGCAGUUGACCAAGAUAGUAAUGGACUCAACAGCACUCAGUUAUCUGGACGAGUGGCAGCGUUACUACGACUUCUUGCAGCAUCCGUAGAAAGUGCAAAGGAGGGCAGUGCUAAGCGUUCGGCAGUUUUGCCUUCUAGCAUUGAAAGACAGCCAACAAAGGACCGUGCUGCACCAGUAAAAUCAAAAAUUGGAUUCUCUGCUGCUGCUGCUUUGGCACGUGACGUGGCUCGAAAUAAGCAGGAGAUAUCAACUUCUCAGAAAGGAUUGCAUUCCACGAAACCUACUCGUACACCAAUGCGCCAGGUUCUUCCAGCUCCACAAAAAGUUCAUUUGGCUCCUCGGUCACCGUUAUCCAAAUUUGGCUCUCUUCACGCAAGUAAUUCCAUCCUCUCCAUCAAUCAAAAAUUCCCAGCAAGACUGAUCAACUCUCCGAAAAGCAAGUCAAGAGCAGCGCCAACACGACCGUUGCCUAGAGCUAUACCUUUAUCCUCAAAAUUCCUGAAACUGCCUACAACUCCUGAGAGCUCCGCUGCACUUCAAAAAAUCUUACGUGCAACCAAAACCCCGUCCUCUCGAACGCUCUUUCAUCAUUCCAGAAGGUUCGUUUCUUACGUUAAUGGUAACAGUGGUAAAAUCCGGAAGUAG